CCUGGUAAAGGGAAGUUGUUGAGUAAGGGGAAACAAAAGGGUAAAGCUAAGCUUGAAAGGGGUUCUGGCAGUGUGAAGGUGUUGGAUAAGGGAAAGGGAAAAAAAAAUCUGUAGGCAAAUGAUUGAUUUUUGAGGAUAGUAGUGAGGGCAGUGAGACUGGGAGGGAAGAUGAUUUUUCUUCAAGUGAUGGGAGUGAGAUUGACAUAACUUGGGAGCCUGGAGAGGAGGAGUAUGACAGUGGGGAUGAGAGGUGGUUUGUGCAGAAUUCUGAAGAAAUUUUAGCUAAGGUAACAAGAAGUCUUGGGAAGCAGUUUGAUGUACAUGAUGAGGGGGUUUCCAAGGAUCCAAAGGCAAGGUUGACAGAUAACUUGGAUGUGAAUGAGGUACAACUACAAGAAGAAAUUGAGGGAGAAUCAGAUGACCUAAGGAGCUUGGAUGGUUCAUCUGAUGAAGAGGAAAAAAGUCCAUGGUUUAAUGACAAAUCUGACUUCUCAAAGCCUGUUGUACUUGUUCAUAGGCUUAGGUUUAGCAAUGCUACAGUGUUGAGGAAAGCUUUAAGAGUGCAUGCCAUACAGAAUAGGUAUGAGUACUAUUUUUUACACAAUGAUAGUACUAGGAUUACUAUUCAGUGUAGGAAUAGGUGUGGGUGCAAGUUUGACACAAAGACAAGUAGGAUGCCUUUGUGUAUAUGCAGGGGUGGAGUGAAGUGUAGUUUCAAGAUCCAUGCUACUAAGUUAAAAAGACAACAGACUUGGCAAAUAAAAACCAUGAAGUUGGAGCAUAAAUGUGUGAGAAGCAGGGAGAACAAGAAGUUCAGAACUAACCCAUCAUGGAAGGUUAAGCAAAUCAAGGAUAGGGUGCUUCAUGACUUGGGGGUAGAAGUGACCUACUACAGGGCUUAGAUGGCAAGAUGUAGAGCUAAGUUGAACAUUUUUGGUUCAACAAGAGAGCAAUAUGCUAGGGUAUGGGAUUAUGGGAAGGCUGUAAUGAAAUACAACCCUGGGUCUAGUUGUAAUGUUGUGAUUGAUGGCAUUGAAAAGCCUGAGCCUCCCUUGUUUAUGAGGAUGUUUAUUUGUUUAAGGCCUUUGAAGGAUGGGUUCUUGAAGGGUUGUAGGCCAAUUAUAGGGGUGGAUGGCUGCCACUUGAAAGGAGGUUAUCCAAGCCAGAUUUUAGUUGGAGUCUCCAAGGAUGGGAACAACAGCAUUUACCCCAUUUCUUGGGCAACUUGUGAGGUUGAAAACAGGGAGACUUGGGUCUGGUUUCUGGAAUCCUUGAUGCAAUGCAUUGGAAGUGCAUAUGGGGCAGGCUUCACCUUCAUGUCAGACAGGCAGAAGGGACUGGUUGAAGCUCUGUCUGAAGUUGUGCCUAAUGCAGAGACUAGGUUCUGUGUUAGGCACAUUUGGGCAAAUUUCAAGUUGAAGUUCACUGGAUCAGUUUUCAAAGAGCUCUUUUGGAGUGCUGCAAGAGCAACAACAUUUGUUGAGUUUCAGAUAGCCAUGCAACAGAUUAGGGAGCUUGAUGAGGAUGCUUACAAUUAUUUGGAGAACAUCCCCACUCAUCACUGGUGCAGACAUGCAUUCAGUGACAGUUGCAGGUCCAACAUGUUACUAAACAACAUGUGUGAGACUUUCAACUCUGUUAUCAGAGAUGCAAGAGACAAACCUAUCCUCACCCAAAUGGAAUGGAUGAGGAGGUACAUGAUGAGGAGAAAUAAUGAGAAGUGGGAGGACUCCAAGGAAAUCACAACCAACAUCACUCCAUAUGUGCAUAAGCUAUUUCAGAGGAUGAGCUAUGUGGCUAGGAAUUGCAUAAUUGAAGCUGCCAGGGAUGACACUUAUGAAGUGCAGCUGAAUGAUGACCAGGUUCUAGUUGACUUGCCAAAUUGGUCUUGUUCCUGCAAUCACUGGUAAUUAACAGGCAUCCCAUGUAUUCAUGCAUUUGCAUGCAUAAUGGAUCAGAGGGUUGAUGCUGAGCAGUUUGUCCACCCCUAUUACACUAUGGACACUUACAGAGCAGCAUAUGAGCCUGCAAUUCAACCUAUGCCAGGCCCAAAGCAUUAGGAGAGAGUGAACAUGAG